CAUUUGGCACUGGGUCCGUGUGUGUGUGAGCGGGAGAGAGCAAGAGGGAGUGCUGAAAAGCUUUCAGAACUUUGGCGCACACACACCACUGUGCAGAAUCAGUUGUAGAAAAAAAGGGAAGGAGACGGAGGUUGUUGUUUGGAAAAACUGCAUAUUUUUGCUUUCAUUCUGCUCCUCCCCUCUUCUCUCUCGGCAUCUCUCUCUCCCACGCUACCGAGAAGAGAGCAGAGGCUUCAGCUCCCUGGAACUCUCCACUACUCCUAAGGGAGGUCAUGGAUGGACUGCGAUUACCUCCACUCAUAGAGGAUGCGCUCGAAUCUACAGAGUCGUGGCUGAACGACGACACGGACAAUAUAGAGCUGGAGGGGUUUUCAAUGCACCAGCAGAACAGAGAAGCCACAUCUGAUGAGCCCUGUGGAGAUCUGAAAGCGGAGAGCAUCCCCAGCCUGAGCCCCAGCAUGGACAAUGAGAUCACAGCCAAGGAGAGAGGAAUACUGGAGAACAACGAAAAGGAGACAAUGGACAGAGAUCAGGAGGAGGAGGAGGAGAAGGGGAGGAGGGAGCAGCAGGAGCCCCUGUCUGAGGAGCAGGAGCUGGAGGAGUUGAGGAGCCAAGUGCUGCAGCUCCUUCUGGAGUUAGAGGAGGCCAGAGAAAUGUCCAACAAACACCAGGAGGCCUUCCACGAGCUACAGGGUCUGCUGGAGGAUGAGCGUCUGGCCAGUGCCCAUCAGGCAGAAGCCUUCGCACGACAGGUCCACAACCUGCAAGCCCAGCUGCGUUCAGUACAGGAGGAGAUGGACUCUCUAGAGGAGGAGAAGGAGAGUGAGCUGACUGAGGCUCACGAGGAGCUACGCCUCGCCCAGGAGGAGGUUCUGCUUCUGCAGCAGGCGGCUGAGGAGGCAGCGGCCGAGAGGGAGAACGACAUUGCGUCCCUGCAGGAGGAGCUGUGUCGCCUCCGGGCCCAGCUGGGGAGGCUCAACGAUGAGGCGCAGGAGUACGAGCUGGAGAUCACCACACUGAGAGCAGAGAUCAGCAUGAAGAGUCAAAGGAGGGAGGAAGAGAGGAAAGGAGGUGAUAUAGGUACACUGAGGCAGGAGUGUGUCACUUUGAGGGAGGAGUGUGAGACUCUGAAGGAUGACAACAGACGCUUGACUGAGAAACUACAGCUCCUUCAACUACAGAGGACAGGCUCCAACAGCGUAUAUCUGUCCCUGAAGGAUGGUGAGAUAGCUGGUACAGGAGUGGGGGUGGGCACAGAGGAGGGGGGCAUGGCGGAGAGCUAUAUGACCAUGGUCGAGUGCCAGUCUACGAGCCCUGGCACCAACAGCCGCCUUGUGGAUGCCUCCAUCCAGAAGAACAUUUCGUUCGAUGGGAAGCCCAUGACCCCCACCGGCUGGAAUGGAGGAUUUGGGGAGAUCUUCUCACUGAGGGACCAGCUGAAACAGGCUGAGGAGAAGGCCUCGCUGGUACAGAGACAGUGUGAUGGGUUGAAGACGGAGCUGCGGGAACUGCAGGAACUCUAUGACUGCAGCCAGAGGGAGAGGGCUGAAUUGGAGGAGGAGCUACUGCACUGCAAGGCAGAGCUCGAGAGGUUGGCUGGAGGGUGGCAGGGAAAUCCCAUUGAGACCAAGGCCACUUAUACAUGGGAGCCUUGCAUGUACACAAUCAAUACAAAUGUAUCAAGGCACAAGAGCAACAUCCAUUCGUCUGAGUCCCCUGUUCUCUCCAUCCCCUUCAUAGGAAUGAUUGUAAUAUUGGGAGUGGUUUGGUGCUGGUUCUCCGAGCUGGCGUUCCAGAAAGCAAGAGCCAAUGCUAAUUUGGGACUAGGCCCUGCCAUUAAAAUUGCCAUGGGGAGUGAUAUAGAAUGGAACCCUAUUCUGACAGUCACCGCAGCAACAGCUGUGCUUCUGAUCAUGGUUAGCUUGUUGAGAGCCUUGACCUGAUGUUAAGCAGAAUGACAACAACUGUAUACGGACAAAGACAGUGAUGUCUGCUUAUCGACCGCUACCUUCCAUUCUACCCUCCUAUCACAUCUAUUUGGGACCCUACCAGGGCACCAACAACAGAUCAGACACCAUUCCUCUAAUUCAUAGCUUGGAAGCAGCAAAAUAUAUUUAGAUGGCAACUAUUCAGAAAACCACAGGAUUGUGAAAGGAAUGUUCUGAAAUUGGUAGAUAAAGUGAUGUGCUGCCACAGCUUUUCAGAUGAAAACAGAUGGAUUCAUUUUCUCUCCUGUUCUGGGGAACACAUGUCAAGACUUAAGAGAGUGUCUUCAUGAAGCUAAGAAGAGAGUGUGAAUACAUAGUUUCAAUGGGAGAGUACCUGUUGAGCCUAAAUCUGUCUACUCCUGUGGUAUCCUAUUCCUUUCCUUUCUCUCUGUUGAUUUGCUUUUAUCUCAACUCCAGGUCUUGACAAUGGGACUGGAUUAGUCCUCCUGAGUUCGAAUGUCUAGUAUUAUUCAACACUCACCUUGUAUCUUUCUACAUGUAUUUAUUAUGCUAAUAUCAAUGUUGAGUUCUCUAUUGAUUUGUCUUUGUGAUUAGUUCUCUUUAACAAUAGCAACCUCUGCAUCUUGCACAAUUGCUGAAUAAAGCUCUUAACUCAUGAUAUUGUAACUAAGUACUAACAAAAAUGUUCUUAAAAUAUAAUUAUAUCUAUGUGUAAUGAAUUAUUUAAAGCACCUGUCAAACUCAUUCCACAGAGGACCAAGUGUCUGCAGGUUUUCGCCCUUGUACUAAUUCGUAAGAAACUCUCCUUGGUUGUCUAGGCCUUAAUUGAAAGGAAAACCCCCCCAAAAAACAAAGACAAUCUGCACUCCGUGGAAUGAGUUUGACACCUCUGAUUUAAAGGAAUAUGUCAAAUACAUAAAAUAAUUAUGUAUUUUGAACAGCUUGUGUCUUGUGAAUAGCUAAAACCAUAGGGAUUUCUCUAAAUUAAAGUGAAAUUAGUCAUGAAGAUCAAGUCUAGAGUGACAGAUACUUUCCCCUAAAGGCAAUAACUAAUUUAUAACACAUAGACUAUCAAAUAUGUUCUCAUCAAUAUACACUGUUGUGAAAAAGUUUUUGCCCCCUUUCUGAUUCUCUACUUUAGCAUAUUUUUGAUACUGAAUGUUAUCAGAUCUUCAACCAAAACCUAACAUUAGAUAAAGAUAACCUGAGUGAACAAAUAACGCAACAAUUACAUACUUAUUUCAUAAACAAAGUUAUGCAACACCCAAUAUCCCUGGGUGAAAAACAAAUAGGUAUUUACAACUUGGACACAAAGAUUGAACAUCCUCAUCCUCACUAAAGAUAGGACGAGUGGAAUGAUCUUUGUAUUUUGAAGUAAAUGUACAUGUACAGUGCCGUGAAAAAGUAUUUGAAAAAAUAACUGACCCCUUACGCUCAAUAACUGGUUGUGCCACCUUUAGCUGCAAUGACUCCACCCAAACGUUUCCUGUAGUUGUUAGGCCAUUCCACAAAAGUCACUGAGUUAAAGCAGUUCUGCAUGGAAGUGUGGGACAAGAUUCUUUCACAGUGAACUGAGAGACUGAUCAACAACUACAGGUAGUGUUUGGUUGUAGUCAUUGCAGCUAAACCCCCCCCAAAAAAUGUAUAUGCUAGAUUAAACAAGUCCGCUCACAUGCCAAGUAGGGUCACAUUUGGAGGUGUCUCUGACACGUCUUUGAUGUCUUCACCAGUUCCCCUUGAAAUCUGAAAUGUUUUGUGCAGUAACACAGUGUUAAAUUACCUAUUUGUAAUGUAUUGAUAAUGUUAUCUACUUAUUUGAACAUACAGUAGCAGCUAUUCAGUCAAAGGACAGUGGGUAUUUAACUUUGAACUUGAGAAUAUUUACAAAACACCUGUACGCACUAAUCAUAAUUGAGUUUUCCCUGUAUCCUCUCUAUUUUAUUACUCAAAAUACUAUUAUUAUUCAGUAUUACUACUCUCGUUAAAAUGUAUAUAAAAAGGAACCUACAGGUGUUUUUAUGAGAAGGACAACAGACUUUAGUGUCUCAGCUCGGUGUUUGCACAUGUAGCUGAGACUGAGAUGUCACUAAAAUGAAUUGUUCAGUUUGUUCUAGUUCCAGGUACACAGCAUGAGAAUGUUGACAGUCAGCAUACCAUAGUUUAAUGCUCUUGUGGUCAUACCAGAGAUAGUACAUUUACUUUCUACCAUAUCUGGUCAUAACAUGACAAUAAGCAUGAGUGGUGGUGGUGGCAGAAGGUUGGUAGACCAAGUGGCAGCUAAACCAGUUUGAUUGCAGAAACCAUUCUUGAAAUUGGAUUGUUAUGUCAAUUACGUUCAUUUUCUUUGCUAAUUCAAAAUAUGUCUAGAUUGAACUGUCCUAUUUGUCACAUUCAAAUCCAAGGCAGCAUUUUAAAUGUUUCAAAUUCUCUGAUAACACCUGGGAAAUUUUGUGACACAGUAAAAGUAUAGCUACUUUCGAAUUAAAAAAACGCAUGCUACAUACAGUCUAAGAGAAACGUUAUAGUUCAUUUAUGUUUAAUAUGAUGUUUCUGUUCUACUUUGUAUUUGAUGUAAAUAGUCAGAAGUGGUAUAGAGUAAUGGGAGAGAUAUAUUUCUCUAUUUGUAAUAGCUUUGUAGAAAGUCGAUCUAUUUUGAAAGAGCAGUGUAUAUUUGAUAGCCAAAUGAACCUAUAUGUAAAUGUCUAUUCAUGGUGAGUUUAUAUUGAUAAUUGUUUUCAAUACCUAUGUUUGGUUGUGUAGUCACUGGAUGCAUAUAGAGGUUGUUUUUUGUCUUAGUUGCCAGUAUGCUAUCGCUAAAAUAAACAACCCACCAAAAGCAA